UUUCGCGCAUGCGCCAUUCGCCAUUAAUCUUCCAUGUGUUUCAUCUCUCUUUGAUCGCGAAUUGAAACUUACGAGUGUGUUGUUAGAUACUCUUCACCAACCUGACUGUGUAUUAUUAUUAUUAUAUUUAGAGUGGUUAAAAUAAUAAUUUAUUGGCUUAAACAAACAACAAUGGUUAAACUAUCUGCUGAAUUAAUAGAACAUUCAGCUCAAUAUACCAACCCGGUUAGAGACCGUGAAUUAGAUCUGCGAGGCUAUAAAAUUCCUGUUAUUGAAAAUUUGGGCACUACUUUGGAUCAAUUUGAUACCAUAGAUUUUUCUGAUAACGAAAUUCGAAAACUGGAUGGAUUUCCUCUCUUGAAGCGCCUAAAGUGCCUACUUCUGAGUAACAACAGAAUAGUGCGGAUUGGUGAGGAUUUAGAAUUAUCUGUACCCAACUUGGAAACUAUAAUUUUAACAAACAACAGUAUUCAAGAAUUAUCUGAUCUUGACAAUUUGGCCAAUUGUAAAAAUCUUAAAUAUUUGAGCUUACUCCGGAACCCAGUUACAAAUAAGAAAAAUUACAGACUUUAUGUAGCACACAAAUUACCUACCGUUCGAGUAUUAGACUUUCAAAGAAUCAAACAGAAAGUGAGUUCAACAUGA